AAUACACUUCCGGUUACACCGGAAAAUUAAUCCGCGCAUGUCAGAGGGAGAAAAAUCGACAUAUUUUUGUUUUCAUUGUAAACAAAAACUGGUAAAAGGUUGUGCAAUGUGAAACCAGUGCAAGGCCACGAACACAUCAGUCAUGUCAGCGGAAUGUACAUCUACCCAGGACGAGCAGACACUGUCUGGUGAGACCCAGGAUGAAAACCCUGCAAAUGAGAUUACUAGCAACACAGACGUGAAUAGCAGCCCUAUCAGUCUAGGCUUCGUUGAUUAUAAAGAUGACCAGGCUGAGAAUCCACCAUUGGUUUAUGGACCUGCAAAUUACCAUGACCAGGAUGUCUUACUUUCAUAUUCUAACUCGGACAGUCAAGUAUACAAUAAAGAUACUAAAGAUGGUAACGGCAUCCGUGGGCAGUGUGGCCUUUACAACCUGGGUAACACAUGCUUCAUGAACUCUGGCCUGCAGUGCCUCAUGAGUACGGCGCCCAUGGUGAAGUUCCUCAUCAGUUACCAUGGAAACGAGAAAACCAAAGACAGCACAUUGCUAGGAGAGUUCCGCAGACUGUUUGGGAAGAUCUGGAGUGGCCAGUUCUCGGUGGUUUACCCGAAGGAGUUUAAGCAGAUCCUGGGCAUCUAUCAUCCCCAGUUCCAGGAUUAUAGGCAGCAUGACUGCCAGGAAUUCCUGGCCCUUUUAUUGGACAGCCUACAUGAGCAACUCAACUUCAAGGGACAAUGGACCAAUCAGAACACAGAGGCUGGACCUAGCUGCAGUAAACAGCCAAUCACGUAUGAGCACAACAUAAACAACAAAACAUGCAGAAGAAACGUACCUCAGACGGUAGCAAAGAAUCAAACGUGCGAUAAAUCGCGGAAUGCCAAUUCUAGAGAAUCAACGUUGACGUUUGAUAACAUGAAGGGCUGCAAAUCACCAGAGAAUUCGAGCUCUGUAUCAACGUUGACAUUUGAUAACAUGAAAUCACCAGAAAGUUCAAGCUCUGAAACACCAGUCGAGGAAAGUUCGAUGAACAGACCUCAAGUGUGCAAGAGUAAAGGCAUACAGAAUCUUAUAUCAUACACAGUAAACCAGAUCUCAGAAGAUAGCAAUCAUUCCAAUCUGUCGGAACAAAGCUCGGAUUCUGAUCAGUGUUCGGUGAUGAAGAAUCUGAAGUUACGAUCCAGUCCAUGCGAAGGGCUGUCAAAUAAAAUUGUUAACGACUGUGCGGACAAAGACUGCGGCGUAUCGUCCACAGAUAUGGACGAUGUUGAUAUGGAAACAGAGGGAGAGGGCACUGAUAAUUUUGGUGAAGAGAUUGUUAGUUUUAAGCGUGUUUCUAGUCUUCAGGAUUUGAGGCUGUCUGCAAAAGUUAAAAGCUUGACAAAGGCCUCAAGCGAACAAGAUUUACUUUGGGACAGCCGUGUUGACUCAGACUGUGAUAUUGAUAAAACUGGCUCUGCUAGUUUGAACUUACAGGAAUCAGUGGGUAAAAGUACACGUUCUGAACAAAUGGAGGCCAGCUUUGAACCACAUGUUCUGAACAAUGCUAUUCCUAUGGUGUCUGUGCCGUCCCUUGUGGAUUUGUACUCAAAGGAAACGAAAACUCUCAACACAAAUGUGCUGGCAACCGAGUUCAUAUCAGAAACUGUGAUGAAUACAGAUUCGGAAAAGUUUGCCAAAGAGGACAACACCAGUAGAAGUGAGGCAAUGAUUGAAGAAGAUGACAUCCUGCAGAGUAUCGCUGAGGUGACGACAAAAACAGACGGAUACGAGACAAAGAGAGUCAAAGACAUCAACAUUCGUGCGGACAAGAAGACGAAAUUUCCGAAAGGGGCUUGCGGGGGUAACAGCAUUCCCGAGAAAGAGGAGUGUUUUUCGCUUAGUGGUGUAAAGAGGAUGAAGUUUGAAGGGACGGAGAAGAAUCUGCAGAUGCAGGAGAUGUGUAAGCUGCAGAAAGAGGCCUUGCUGUGUGAGGCAAUGAGGUCUGACCGGCCGAGUACCAGCAGAGGGAACACUGGAGAGGAGUCCACAUUCAAGAAGGACACAAGUCCAAGCCUCGGCAGUGACAUCGAGAGUGAACUACCUGACCCUGAAGAUGCCGACAUGGACUUGUCUGAUGUGGAGGAUGGGCCGGCUGUGAUGUCAUGUGACGUGUCAUGUGACCUGGAGGCGGCGUACACGGCACGGGACGUGGUUGCUGCUGAGGAGGCGUGGCAGAAAUACCUGAACAGGAAUGACAGUGUCAUUGUGGACACUUUCCAGGGGCAGUUCAAGUCUACGGUGGUGUGUGGAGAGUGCAGCCAGGUGUCUGUGACGUUUGAACCCUUCAUGUACCUGUCUGUUCCAGUACCUCGCGCCAUGGAAAGGCAGAUAUGUAUAGUGUUUAUUUCACCCGGUGUGGAGCCCACCCAGUACCUGCUGGUCAUGCACAAACAAGACAAGGUUUCAAAGGUCAAACAAGAACUCUGUAAUGUGAUUGGUCGAAAUGUUGAUGACAUCAUCAUAGCUGAGGUGUUGGAUUGGCAUGUCUCAAGAAUAUUGGAAGACAACACCAUGCUACGUUACAUCAAUGACUCCACCAGGAAACUGUAUGCAUUCGAGAUGGACAGCAUCAGCGUAACACACAACCUAGACAACCUUAGCUGCUCCCAAAUGGGGACGUCCGAUCCCAAUGAUGUUUUCUCCCACGUUGAAACCUUUACACAAAGCGGGAAUAUUAAAUCUGAGCGGGCGACCAGUCCAGACGAAUCUGUUACCUCGGCGUACGGCUACAACAAUGAUAACGGGGACCAGUCUAAUUACGUGUCACAUUCCAACAACGACCUUGACAUCAUGGGAACUGGCCUCUGGGAAUGGGGUCAAAGGUCAAACACGGAAAAACGUCGGGGAAGCCUGGAGACGGAACCUGAGGAUGGUUGGCUGGGGGCUGAUAGCACAACCGCUGUGGCCUCAUCGGAACUGGAUUUGACUGAGGUGGUUUCCUCAGCGAUUAGUGGUUCCAGCCAAUCAAUGGAGGUCGGGGAGAAAGGGGUCGUGAGUAGUUCGAAGGGCGGGGAGGAGAAUGACUGGAAGUCGUGUGCAAUCUGUCUGGAGGAGCUUCCUGAAAUGGACCUCAUGGUGCAUACAACGUGCAGUGGAACUUUCUGCUCUACUUGCCUUGAGAUGUCUGUUCAGCAUUACAGUGAGAGUGCCUUUUGUUGUCCGGUGUGCUCAACCCCUGCUGAGAUCACAGAAGACUUUGUGCCGCUUGCAAGUGCUGCCAACCACAAGCCCAAAACAAGGAUUAUUGCCGUUCCUAUUUCGUACCGCUGUGAGACGGGGCUGACAGAGGACACCACUCCAUGUCUGUUUGCUCACCCAGACGUCAUCAGCCUACCCAGUAACCUACCCUGGCAGCACAUACGGGACUGCAUUCUAGCGCGGCACCCAUAUCUGUCUGAGUUUCGAGUGAUGCUGACUGAUGGAACGGGCCUGAAGUGUUCCCGCUGUCUCUACAUCGAGCACUGCACAGGCUGCGAGAUCCCAGAACAAGGGGAGGCAAUACUAAGGCCCGGGGACAACCUGACAGUCAGUGUAUCCCGUCUCCCAGACGAUUUUACGGGGGUGUGUAGGGGGCUUGUCAAUCAUCCCUCGAUGGAGAACAAGGUGUCUGAUGACCCGGUGACAUUGAUGGACUGCUUCAGGGCUUUCACGCAAAGUGAAGACCUGGAUGAGCACAAUCCCUGGUUCUGUCCUCACUGCAAACAGAACCAACGCGCCAAGAAGACUAUGACGGUGUGGCAGUAUCCGGAUACACUCAUCAUUCAACUGAAAAGGUUCGUGUUCCAUGAGCUGGCCAGUACCAAGGUCGACUGCAAGGUCGUGUUUCCUAUCGAUGACCUUGACCUCAACGAGUUCAUAUCAGGACCAAAGACAAAGAACCUCGUGUACAAUCUUUACAGCUCUGUGUGCCACUAUGGUGGUGCUAAUUCGGGUCACUACACGGCCUACGCCAGACACCCUGUGGAUGGCAGGUGGUAUUUCUACAAUGACGAGACCGUCACAGAGAGUACACCCAGUGACCCCGAGUUCUCCAGCACAUACAUGCUCUUCUAUCAACGAAAAGGUACUGACAAAGCCAUACAUAUCCCAGAAGACCUUGACCUACAUAUUGACACCGAUGAUCUUCAUUUCGACCCCGUGACCUCAAGCGAUGCUGACACAUCAGUGACCUUUGACCCAACUGGAAGGGAGGUAACUCCACCUGGAAACGCCUCAUCACCAUCGCACUCGAGUCACUCAUUGGCGCCAUCAGCAGGCAUGUUUGACAUGUCCAUCGAUGUCAAGGUCAAGGGUCGAGAUAAAAACGACAGUGGAAGUAGUGAUAAUGUGGGAAGGCAACAGAAGACAGAAUUAGCUGAGGCCGACAGUACUGUGGGAUCGUUCGACUUUUAUUCUUGAACUUUUGUUUUUUUAUAAUAAAAAUAUAGCAUUGCUCUGGUAAAAUGAGGCUUUAUGCAUGUGGGUAAAGUGUCCCAGAUCAUUAUGUGUAGUAGCACAGGCUUGUCAUGGACGACACUUUCUGUCAAAACUGGAUUUUCACUGAGAAGAGAUUUCUUAACCCAUGUAAGCCUAGUGGACUCUCCCGUCCUAAAUUGGAUCAAUGUAUUUCGAAAAUUAGGGAUGUCUAGUAUAUUUAUUUCUAUAUUUAGAAUGUUUCUUACAGAAAUUUCUUUAAGCAAACAGCGCAGACCCUGAUGAGACGCAUCAUGCGGUGUCUCAUCUAGGUCUACGCUGUUUGCCAAGGCCUUUUUUUUUAGACGCUAGGCAUAAAUGGGUUUAAGAAACAAUACCAUGAAAUGAAAGUCGGAAAAUGUCCCUGAUAAGCCUGUGCAGUCUGCACAACCAAUUCUUGGACGAUGCUUUACGCCCAUGCAUCAAACCCCUUUUUCAUAGAGCCAGGCUAAGUUGUUGUAGGAAUACUGUCUUAACUAGGUUAAAAAAUAACAAGAGACAGUCAUCCUGAUUCUGCUAGAAAUAUCAAGCAAAGGACAUUGAUAGCAUUGGACAUGUCUUUUUUACUGAUGACAGGUUUUACUUUACUAUCUUCUCAAAACAAUGUUUUGGUUCUGUAAUAAUUCUAUGUAAACAGGUGAAAAUCAUGUUCAGUAAGCAGGGUUCAACACUAAGGCACGUCCGACAGACAUUGUCUAGUAAGAUCGGUGGUCGGGCUAGUAAACUGCGGGCUAGCUUGUCCGACUGGUCGUACAUACACAAAUCUAUACUGACUCAUAUAACUAUAACUAACUGCUGUGAAAACGUUUUUCCUUUAUGUGUAAAAUUAGUCUCGUUAUUUACAUCAGAACAAAACUAGCGUAUAUAAAUAAACGCAGAGAAUUCACAUGAUUCAUCGCUAUUUUUAGACGCGAAGGAGAGCUUCCCGCAGGAAUUGCUUGUUUCCAUAGGUCAAGUUGUCAUGAAUACUAAUGAUUUUCUGCAGUUUCGUUAAACUUUGCAGCAUGUUUUUACAACUUCUAUAAAAAAAUCGGUAUCGUCAAUGUCAUUUUUUUUCCGUAGCAGACAAGAUAAUGUAAUUUAAAGAAUGGCUUUGUUCAAGUUCGGAUUUUCGUCCGACAAAUCAGUUAAUAAAGAAGAUUUCGACGGUAAAACCGAGAGGAAACGUAUAUAUAAAGAAAAACGAAAACGUCAAAUUUAUCCUAUGGAAAAUCGAGUCAGUUCCCGCGGCUUGAAUUUGACGAAGAAUAGCAAAAAAAAUAGUUUUAUUUUAUUGUUUUACUCUAUGCAUCAAAAUAACUUUCUGGUGUUCACUUAUUAUUUACUGAUAAAUCCUGAUACAACAGUAACAUAAUCCAAUUUUGUUUAUUUGCUAUGUCAUUUAUGGUCUAGUAGACAUUAGAUUCGGGCUAGUACAUUUUAAGAGGAGCUGGUCCGAUGGUCUUGCUGUAAAAGAAGUUAUUGUCGAACCCUGGUAAGCUAAUGAAAGACUUGGAAUGUGUGACAAAUACGUUAUAAGAUUUUCUGGAAUUUAUUCUUAACCCAUUUUUUCAAAGUUCAUAUCCAUUUGAUCAGCAUUUUACAGUUGCAUUUAUGUAAUAGAUUUCACAUGGUAA